AUGAGGGGCCACCUGCCUCGACACUUGCUCAGGAGGGCUGCGACACUGGCAGCCGCUCCCUCGCGAAGCUGCAAGCCUCUGCCUUCGAGCCAUAACGGACUGCCACAGAGGCGGCACUCGACGCACCCUCCCAAUGCGAAGCUCAACUUACCAAUCGACUAUGCAACGACGCCUCUCCUGGCACACACGUCGCAGUCCGCCCUCAACAACCCAGAGCUGCCGCCCGAGGUCCGCGAGGGGACGACCAAGAAGAUGAACCUGUUCCAGUCCAUCAACGAUGCUCUGUCAAUAGCACUGGCCGAGGACGAAAAUGUGCUCUUGUUUGGCGAAGAUGUUGCAUUUGGAGGUGUCUUUCGUUGUUCCAUGAAGCUGGCCGAGACGUACGGAGGCGAUCGCGUCUUCAACACCCCUUUGUCAGAACAGGGCAUCAUGGGCUUCGCCAUCGGGUGUGCUGCCGAGGGCAUGAGACCUGUCGCAGAGAUCCAAUUUGCGGACUACGUAUUUCCAGCAUUCGAUCAGAUGGUCAACGAGGCGGCCAAAUAUCGAUAUAGGGACGGAGCAUGUGGCAGGCAUGUCGGAGGCUUGACCGUACGGAUGCCCUGUGGAGCGGUAGGCCAUGGCGCUCUGUAUCACACCCAGUCACCGGAGAGCCUGUUCACGCACAUUCCAGGCUUCCGAGUAAUUGUCCCGCGCUCACCAUUGCAGGCGAAGGGACUAUUGCUGGCGGCAAUACGGAGCAAUGACCCUUGCAUUUUCAUGGAACCAAAAGUGCUGUACCGAGCAGCCGUCGAGCAAGUUCCCGUUGCGCCGUAUGAGCUGCCAUUGUCCAAGGCCGAGGUUGUGAAAGAGGGUAAGGAUUUGACCAUCAUUUCGUAUGGCCAGCCACUGUUCAUUUGCCAGAAUGCCAUCAAGCAGGCAGAGCAGGAUCUGGGCAUUAGCAUUGAGCUGGUCGAUCUGCGGACUGUGUACCCCUGGGACAAGGAGACGGUCUUCAAGAGCGUCCAGAAGACUGGGCGGUGCAUGGUCGUACACGAGUCUAUGGUCAAUGCUGGCGUUGGCGCCGAGGUGGCAGCAGCCAUACAGGAGGACCCAUCCACAUUCAUUCGGCUGGAGGCGCCUGUCAUGCGUGUUGCUGGCUGGAGCACGCCGACGCCUUUGGUCUUCGAGAGGUUCAACCUGCCAGAUGUUGCGAACAUCAAAGCCCUCACCAUCUCCGAACCCAGCCUGGUGAAGGAGCUUGGGCCGGCAUUCCAGAAGUACAAUGAGGAGCAGUUCAUCACAGCGAAGCUACCGGGCAGCAGCGAGCCCGUCAUUGUCAGCUCGCACAACUCUCUUGGAGAUGGCCGGUACUACGACGUCGAGAGCUCUACCAGCUUCGAAUUCGAUCAUGCUACGCAGAAGGCCAGCGGUGCCCAGAGCCAUUCCCUCGAAAGCGCGCACUCUGAUCUUGUUAAAUCAACACUGAAGAGCUUGGGAACAUACGUCAAGGAGCAUUUCCCCAACGCUGCCUUCGGAGUGUAUCCUAUUGAGAAUGACUCGAAACUGGCCAUCAUCACCGUAGCCAGCAAAUACAGCCCCAACAAUUUUUGGAACGGUCGAUGGCGAUCCCUGUACAUCUUUGACCCAUCCGACAACUCUCUGGAAGGCUCGAUCAAGGUGGAUGUUCACUACUACGAGGACGGAAACGUGCGCCUCGUGACCAACAAGACCGUCACAGCCUCCGUCUCGUCGGGAACCGGCAGCGGCAUUGCCAAGGAGAUCUCGACGGCGGAAAAGAAGUACCAGGAGGAGCUGAACAAGGGCUUCACGAGUCUGAGCGAGGGCGCAUUCAAGGGUCUGAGGAGACAGCUGCCGGUGACGAGACAGAAGAUUGAGUGGGACAAGGUCGCCAGCUACCGGUUAGGCCAAGACAUCGGUGGCGGCAGCUCUAGGAGGUGA